AUGCAUCUCCCCGUUCUCCUCACAGCGCUGUGUCUAAAUUCCCUCACCGCAGCUUCACAAACUCGAGAUAUUUCUUCGCAACUCCAUGUAAAAUCUGCAAGUGGCUCAAAUUCCGAACUCAUCACCCCAAAAGUUUUCAUCGUAGAUAUGUUUUCAGAUGAAGGAGAAGCAUGGUAUGGAAUUCCAGAAUUCGAUAUUCUGGCUCGAAAUAUCACCGUUCCUGGGAUUUCUCCGCUUUUCCCGCAGGUGCAUUGUACAGCGGACGGAGAAAUUUGCCAAGUUAUAACUGGCGAGGGAGAAAUUAACGCGGCUGUGACAAUUAAUUCGAUAGCUUAUUCACCACUAUUCGAUUUGACCAAAACUUACUUUCUGAUUGCGGGUAUUGCAGGCGUUUCUCCCAAGGUGGCUACUAUUGGUUCUGUGACCUUCGCUCGAUACGCUGUAUCUGUAGCUUUACAGUAUGAGAUGGAUGCGCGAGAGAUACCCUCUAACUGGACCACUGGUUAUUGGCCUCAAGGAGCGACUUCACCCACGGAUAACGUAGUUGAAAUUUACGGCACUGAAGUAUUUGAAGUCAACGAAGCACUGCGACAAAUUGCCAUGUCAUUCGCCCGCACGGCCAUUCCUUAA